AUGACUACUUCUGAUUAUAAGUAUGACGACGAGAGCCAAUCAAAUAUAUCGGCCCAAGCACAGCCAGAUUUUCUCGAUUCUAUUGCUCAAUUGCAUGAUUGCUAUCAAAAUAUCACUAAUUCUAUCGAUUUGGAAUAUAAUUUAAAUUUAUUUCUUAAAUUACUUAAGAAAAAAGAAGUAAAAGAUUCAGAACUUGAUGAAGAUAUCCAAGAUUACUUUACAUCAGCGAUUUUAUCAUCUAAUUCCAAUCAAUAUUUUUUAUUAUACAUAAAGAUAAUUAAAAACUUACUGCAGAACUCACACAGUAAGAAAUUAGUACUCAGAUGCUUUAAUGAGCAAAUGGAUAGUUGUCUUCAAGAAAUAAUUUCCUCAAAUUCUGAUGCAAGCAUCGUUUAUAACUCAGUUAUUAUAUGCAGCUAUAUUGUAUCUGAUAGAAUAACAUCUGCCAAGCUAUCCGAUUUUCAACUAACUCAACAUACUAUUGAUAUUUUGAGCAAUUUUGUUGAGAAAAAAUCAAGUAAGUUAUUUAAUGCCUGUAUAUCGAUAAUAGCAGGAUCCACUCAGCUUGAAGAAAAUGCUCCAUUCGUUCAAUUUUGUGUUGAUAUUUGGAAUCCAAGCAUCAGCUUGAAAUUAUUAUAUGGAUUCAUCAAAAUGCAUAAAUCCGAACUAAACAAUAUAUUCCCAUUCCUUGCUGCUUCUGAUGUUUUCAUUGAAAUUUUAUCUUUUACUAUUUCAAGAUUAGAUAGAGAACCUUUUCCAAUUCCUCUUGCUCCACUCUUUUUAGAUGAUCAGACAUACAAUGCUUUAUGUAUUGCGUACAAAUGUCUUAGAUAUUUAAAGGAACCAGAUGAAUUGAUACAAUUCAUUGAUGUUGAGGGAUUAUUAGAUAAUAUUAAAACUACAUUUGUACCAAACAUUCAAAUAAUGUCAUUAAAAAUCAUCAGAUUUCUGAUUCCAAAGAGAGAUUUACAACCUCAAAUAAUGGAUGCAAAUCUUGAUCUUAUGGCAUUGCUACGUGGAAGAGUGGAAGUCAGAGCAGAAGUUACAAUAUUCCUUUCUAUUCUUUUUGAUAAAUAUCGCGAUCUCCCUAUUUUAGAAAUAAUAACACCUGAAAUACUCAAUGAAAUCAUUAACCUGAUAUCAGAUAUAUCCCAGAGAUAUACGCAAAAUGCAAUUUUCUGUUUACAAAGUUUCAUUUCUAUUUUCGAAAGGCAUGAAAUCGUUGAACCACAAGAAAUUAUUGGUUCCCAAGAACUAUAUGAUGCAUUGCAAGAAUGCUUGGAAGAUGAAAAUAUCUCUGAUAACAUGUUUACAGUUGUUUCAGAUCUUAUUCGCGAAAUUAAAUAUUAUCUAGCUCAAUUCAAAAAAUCUGAACUUAAGUUAUAA